AUGGAGUUUUUCAACUCUGCUCUUGGAAAAAACAUCUCUUUUGUGCGUCCUGCAUAUUUCAUAAUAAGUGGAUUCAUUGGCAUACCUAAUAUCAGGUUUUAUUAUGUCUUUCUCUUCUUUGUUUAUGUUGUGUCAGUGCUGGGAAACACCGCUGUAAUGGCUGUAAUUUACCUGGAUCAUAAUCUCAGAGCUCCAAAAUAUAUUGUGGUUUUUAACUUGGCAUUUGUGGACCUGUUUGGUAGCACUGCCCUGGUGCCAAAACUUCUUGACAUCUUUCUGUUUGACCAUCGCUACAUCCCCUACAACGACUGCAUGACUUUCCUUUUUUUCUGCUACACCUCCCUUUCUAUGCAGACUCUUAAUCUGGUUGGACUCUGCUAUGACAGACUGAUAGCUAUCAUCUUCCCACUGCAUUAUCAAUUGAAGGUGACCCACAGGUUCAUGUUUUCUUUGAUUGCAUCAUUCUGGGUUUUUGUCAUCUUUGUUGUACUAAUUGCAGUCGGCUUGCUUACCAGACUUUCCUUCUGUAAGUCUGUAUUGAUUAACAGCUAUUUCUGUGACCAUGGCCAGAUAUACAAGCUUGCCUGCAAUGACAUAAGUCCCAGCUUUGGUAUUGGUAUGUCAUUACCAGUUCUUCUUCUUUGGCUUCCACUGAUGUUCAUCUUGUUUAGUUACUUAUAUAUUGCCUAUGCAUUGUCUAAAGUGGCUACAGUUCAGGAAAGAAGGAAGGCCUUUAAAACCUGCACAGCUCAUCUUUCAUUAGUGGCAAUCUAUUUCAUCCCAAUAUUAAUCACGUUUACAAUGUCUUCGAAAAUUCAUCCAAAUGGCAGAAUCAUAAACCUGUCGCUGUCCUCUGUCUUUCCUCCCAUGUUGAACCCAAUCAUUUAUGUUCUGCAGACACAAGAAAUCAAAGAAUCGGUGAAAAAACUGUUUAAAAUCAGAAAGCAACACAGAAUUAUGACAAAGAAAGCAAAUAUGAAAUGAUCUUUUAUGUAUAUUUCCCUGUUCUUCUGUUUGGGACAUUAGAAAUGACAAAACUCAAUGAGGUACUUGUUUAACUUGAAACUCAAUAGAAUUUAAUAGAAUCUAUAUGAAUGAUAUCGUUGAUAACCUUAAAAUCAAGCAGGAC